AUGGUACAUUUAAAUAAGAAUGGAUAUGAUGGCGUUGUCAUUGCCAUUAACCCUAGUGUACCAGAAGAUGAAAAACUCAUUCAAAACAUAAAGGCAGAUGUCAUAGUUGCUAAUCCUUACCUAAAAUAUGGAGAUGAUCCCUAUACACUUCAAUAUGGACAAUGUGGGGAAAAAGGAAAAUAUAUACAUUUUACUCCAAACUUCUUGUUGACUAAUAAUUUGCCUAUCUAUGGGUCCCGAGGCAGAGUGUUUGUCCACGAGUGGGCCCAUCUCCGAUGGGGAAUAUUCGAUGAGUAUAACGUGGAUCAGCCAUUCUAUAUUUCUAGAAGGAACACUAUUGAAGCAACAAGAUGUUCAACUCAUAUUACUGGCAUUAAUGUGGUUUUCAAGGAAUGUCAGGGAGGCAGCUGUAUAACAAGGCCAUGCAGGCGUGACUCAUUGACAGGGCUGUAUGAAGCAAAGUGUGCAUUCAUCCCAGAAAAAUCCCAGACUGCAAAGGACUCCAUAAUGUUUAUGCAAAGUCUCAGUUCUGUAACUGAAUUUUGUACAGCAGAAACACACAAUAUGGAAGCUCCAAACCUACAAAACAAAAUGUGCAAUCGCAGAAGCACAUGGGAUGUAAUUAAGGAUUCUGAUGAUUUUCAGAAUGCACCUCCCAUGACAGGAACAGAUUCACCACCUCGUCCUACAUUUUCAUUGCUGAAGGCUAAACAGCGAGUAGUCUGUUUGGUACUUGAUAAAUCUGGAAGUAUGGACUCAGAAGACCGUCUCUUUCGAAUGAAUCAAGCAGUAGAACUAUACUUGAUUCAAAUUAUAGAAAAGGGAUCCUUGGUUGGGAUGGUCACAUUUGAAAGUUAUGCUACAAUCCAAAAUUAUCUAACAAAUAUAACCGAUGAGAAUGCUUAUGAAAAGAUCACGGCAAACCUGCCUCAAGCAGCUGAUGGUGGAACUUCAAUUUGCAGUGGUCUCUCAGCAGGAUUCCAGGCAAUUAUCCAGAGUAACCAGAGUACUUCUGGUUCUGAGAUCGUAUUACUAACAGAUGGGGAAGAUAAUCAAAUAAGCUUAUGCUUUGAGGAGGUAAAGCAAAGUGGUUCGAUCAUCCACACUAUUGCUCUGGGACCUGCUGCUGCCAAAGAACUGGAGACCCUGUCAAAUAUGACAGGAGGACAUCGCUUUUAUGCCAAUAAAGACAUAAAUGGCCUCACUGAUGCUUUCAGUAGAAUUUCAUCUAGAAGUGGCAGCAUCACUCAGCAGGCUAUUCAGUUGGAAAGUAAAAGCUUGACUAUUACAGGAAAGAAAUGGAUAAAUGGUACAGUGCCUGUGGAUAGUACAAUUGGAAAUGACACUUUCUUUGUUGUCACGUGGACAAUACAAAAGCCAGAAAUUCUUCUCCAAGAUCCAAAAGGAACAAGAUAUGAAACCUCAGAUUUCAAAGAAGAUAAACUAAAUAUUCGGUCUGCCCGUCUUCGAAUACCAGGAAUUGCAGAGACAGGUACUUGGACUUACCACCUUCUAAAUAAACAAGCCAAAUCUCAAGUGCUAACAGUGACAAUGACUACUCGAGCAAGAAGUCCUACUACACUCCCAGUAAUUGCAACUGCUCACAUGAGCCAAAGUACAACACGUUACCCUAGCCCAAUGAUUGUUUACGCACAAGUCAGUCAAGGGUUUUUGCCUGUUCUGGGAAUCAACGUAACAGCCAUUAUAGAAAGUGAAGAUGGACAUCAAGUAAUACUGGAGCUCUGGGACAAUGGUGCAGGUGCUGAUACUGUGAAGAAUGAUGGCAUCUACUCAAGAUAUUUCACAGAUUUCCAUGGAAAUGGUAGAUACAGUUUAAAAGUACAUGCCCAGGCAAAAAAAAACACAGCUAGACUAAGUUUAAGACAAAAACAGAACAGAGCUUUAUAUAUGCCAGGCUACCUUGAAAAUGGUAAAAUUGAACUGAACCCACCCAGGCCUGAUGUCAAUGAUGACAUGGCAGAAGCUGAAGUAGAAGACUUCAGCAGACUAAGCUCUGGAGGGUCAUUUAUUGUAUCAGGAGCUCCUCCUGCUGGUAGUCAUACUCAUGUGUUCCCACCCGGUAAAAUCACAGAUCUUGAGGCUAAGUUUAAAGGAGAUCAAAUUCAACUUUCAUGGACUGCCCCUGGCAAUGUCCUUGAUAAAGGAAAAGGUAAGUUUCAAAUUAUGUUUUAAAAUAUGAAAAAGAAAUCCCUUUGGCUUUCAUCUGCUAAGAAUUUUCUAAUGUCCUAUUUAUAAAUAACAUGUAUAGAGUGUUUAUUAUGAGCCAUUACUCACCUACUUUCAGAUGGAAAAAUUGAAGCUCCAAGAGACAAUGAACU